CCUGGCCCAGCAAAGCCCAUCUAGCUGACGGUCCCCGGGAUAACGCCAUCAUCCCACUGCAGAGCCGGCAGAGCCAUGCCCGAGAAGGAUGAUGAUGCCAAAAAGCCGGCAUCGGAGACUGUGCUGGACCAGCGCUGGAAGCUACAAGUCUUCUACCUCUGCUUCUAUGGCUUCAUGACACAGAUCCGGCCCGGGGAGAGCUUCAUCACCCCGUAUCUUCUGGGGGCUGACAAGAACUUCACGCAGGCAGAGGUGACGAACGCGAUCAUACCGGUGAUGACCUACUCCUACAUGGCUGUGCUUGUGCCCAUCUUCCUGCUGACGGACUACCUGCGCUACAAGCCAGUGCUGGUGCUGCAGAGCCUGAGCCACAUCUCCAUCUGGCUGCUGCUGGUGUUGGGCACCUCUGUCCUGGCCAUGCAGCUGAUGGAGUUCUUCUACAGCGUCACUAUGGCCGCCCGCAUCGCCUACUCUUCCUACAUCUUCUCCCUCGUCACCCCAUCCCGCUACCAGCGUAUGGCCAGCUACUCCCGCUCUGCUGUCCUCCUGGGAGUCUUCACCAGCUCCGUGCUGGGCCAGCUCUGUGUCACCUUGGGGGGCGUCUCCUUCCUCACCCUCAGCUACAUCUCAUUGGGCUUCGUCAGCUUCGGCCUCAUCCUCACCCUCUUCCUUGAGCGGCCCCGGCGCAGCCUCUUCUUCAAUCAGCCUGAGGGGGCUGCGCCCACCGAGCUGGACAAGAUGGCCGGGGGGGAUGGCGGUGGGGGGACGCGGGGCUGGCGGGAGGCGGUGCUGUGCCGUAUGCUGCGGGAGGUGGGAGCGUUGGCCGAGCAACCCCAGCUCCGGCUCUGGUCCUUGUGGUGGGUCUUCAACUCGGCCGGUUACUACCUGGUGCUGUACUAUGUGCAGAUCCUCUGGAACGAGAUCUACCCCACCAUGGACAACCGCCGGGUGUACAAUGGAGGGGUGGACGCUGCCUCCACCCUGCUGGGGGCUGGCGCCUCCUUAGCUGCCGGCUAUGUGAAGAUCCGCUGGAGGCUGUGGUCGGAGCUGGUGAUCGGGGUGGUGACAGCUUUCCAGGCAGGGCUGCUCCUGCUCAUGAACACCACCAGCAACAUCUGGCUGUGCUAUGCUGCCUACGUCCUCUUCCGCGGCUCCUACCAGUUCCUGGUGCCCCUUGCCAUUUUCCAGAUCGCUACCUCCCUCUCCAAAGAGCUCUGCGCGCUGGUCUUUGGAGUCAACACCUUCUUUGCCAUCGUGCUGAAGACCAUCAUCACCAUCAUCGUGGCCGACAAGAGGGGCUUGGGCUUGUCCGUGCAUCCCCAGUUUUACGUGUAUUUUGGCUACUUCACACUGCUGGCAGUGGUCUACCUGGUGGCGGCCGUCUGUGUAGGCAUCUGGCACAGCCGCCACAAGCAGCUGGCAGAGCCGGCCUUGCCCAAGGAGCCGUGCCAGCUCCUCACCGAGGUGCCGGCGCAGGAGAAAAGCCUGAAGGCAAGCACCGUGUGA